UUUCCCGUUCGCGGUUCGUACGGUACGGUCGCAUCUUUUGGUGGCGGCCCGAUUCUGGUCAGGUUGCCGUAUCCUGUGCGGGUGGUAGCAAGGGACGUCGUAGCCCGGCGCGUCAAUGGAAACCAGUGAUUCUCGUUCAAGUGCAGUUCCUCCUAAGUGGAUUAGUAGCAGCGUUAUUUCAAUUGGUCUUUGGUUUGAUUUAUAGCUUCAGGAGCAUUGCAUAUCAUUCAGGAUCACAUCACAAUAUUGAUUACGUCGUGAGCAGUAGUGUGUAAAUAAUAAACGGAAACCCUCAUCCACUUCGGUCUACUCCAUUCCGGAAGCUGGAUUGCAUCUGGAGAAGGAAAUGAAGUUUAAUUAUUAUUCGGAGACAUAUUCAGCAAAUGGGAUGGCACAAAGUGAGCAGCAGUUUUUAAGAGGUGAGAGUCAACGAAACACUCCCAUCGUGAAAUCGGUAAAGCCAGCAUGGAUACGCUUCAUCUGCGAGAACAAAUUGAUUCUAGUGACAUUAAGUGGAGUUUUGUUUGGCGUUGUAUUGGGUAUCACACUUCGCUCAUUCGAACUCUCCGAGGACACCAUCAUGCUGAUUGCCUACCCGGGUGAAUUAUUCAUGCGUGUGCUGAAAUUGAUGAUCCUUCCACUGGUCAUUGCCAGUUUGAUUAGCGGAUCCUCCAGCCUGAACGCCAAGCUCAAUGGGAAGAUUGCUCUGCGGACUUUUGUCUACUUCGCACUGACGUCGCUGCUGAACGCUAUUCUGGGCACCACGUUGGUCCUGUUGAUUCAUCCGGGUGAUCCGCGGGUGCACGAAGCCAUGGUCGAGUAUUCAGUUUCCAGUGGUAAAACCGUUUCCUUGAUGGAUAGCAUUCUGGAUUUGGGACGGAAUAUCUUCCCUGAUAACAUUUUCCAGGCGGCAAUCCAGCAAGCUCACACAGUCUAUGUUCCACGGUCUAGUGGCAAUAAUGUUACGAUGUUACCAGAGGUGAAUGCUAAGCCGUCCGCUCCUAAUGCUUUCGCUUGGGAUGACGAGGAUGAACUGAUUCGAAUUGUUGAAUACAGACCUGGAACCAAUACACUUGGAAUAGUUUUCUUUUGCUUGGUAUUUGGAACACUUCUCGGAACAAUUGGCAGCAAGGGAUACGUAGUGAUUCAGUUUUUUGGAGCGAUUUUCGACGUCAUUAUGAAGAUGGUCACCGGAGUGAUGUGGUUAACUCCGAUUGGGGUCGGAAGCGUUAUCGCGGGUAAGAUUUUGGCUGUGAGUGAUAUAAGCUUAGUGAUGACCCAGCUGGCAUGGUUUAUCUUCACCGUAUUGUUCGGAGUAUUGCUGUAUCAGUGGAUUAUAGUGCAGUUUAUAUAUUUCAUGUUCCUGAGGAAAAAUCCUUUUAAAUUGUACGUGGCGUUAAUUCAGCCCAUGUUAACUGCAUUCGCCACCGCUUCGACGGCCGCAGCUCUACCGCUGACUUUUAGAUGUAUGGAGAAUAAGGUUAAAAUUGAUACCCGGAUCACCCGUUUUGUACUUCCGAUUGGCGCCAACAUCAACAUGGAUGGUACUGCGUUGUUCAUUUCAGUUGCAUCUAUUUUCAUCGCUCAAAUGAGUAGCAUGGAUUUGAAUUUCGGACAGAUUUUAACGGUUGUUAUGACCUCGACGGCAGCUUCGAUGAGCUCUGCUAGCAUCCCGAGCGCGGCAAUGGUGCUAUUGUUGGUGGUUCUGACGGCGAUUGAUGCUCCAAUGCAUAAUGUGACGCUGUUAUUCGCGGUGGAUUGGUGUGUUGACCGCAUUCGCACGACCAACAAUUUCCUGGGAGAUUGCUAUUGCGCCGCCAUCGUGGAACACCUAUCCAAGAAAGAACUUAAACUCUCCGAUUCUGAGGCACCGCAAUCUUACCGCGAGGACGACGAGCUUACCCUGGAUGGAGAGGGCAAGAUUCCAUCCCGGUCCACCAUGGAAGUCUAAUGGACUAAAUCCGUGAUUUUUAACCAAAGAAUAAUUUUGUGAUGUACACCUUUCUAUUGAUGAAUAUUUUGAAAAAGAACAAUUCGGGACGGACAUUUUUAGCAAAUUUGCGGUUCACUAUGACAGAUCAUCGUGAGGACCAAAUAAUUUCCCACCAUUUGAAUCCAGUUCCGCAAAGCGAUACUGCGAUGCACUGAUGAGUAGCUGACAGUAGAAAAAAAAACUCCAAUAGAGUAGCAGACUUGGCUGAUUAGGGCCAACAAAUGUGAUAAUAAAUACUUGUCUAAUAGCAAUUUAUGUAACCAACGAAACAAUUAUAAACAGUAGGUUUAGUUAAUAAAGAUUAGAACACAUCGGCUUUCGGACUGCUGAAAGAAGAUCCCUGCACUUUAUUUUUUCAGAUAUAUUUAUUUUAAAACUUUUAUCGCGUUCACUGCUUACAUAUGGCCUUUAUGCAAAAAAUAUAAUAUAAAUAAAAUACUUCGAUUUCGAACGGAUUUGCAAUUGGUUUACUAAUUUUUUUACUUUUGAUUUCCUGCUAAAAUGAGUACGACAAUGAUUCUAAUUGCGAUAUUGCUAUGAGCGCUUCAAAUGAUAAAACACAUUCAUUGUUGUUUAAAAAAAUGCUACAGAUUCCUAUUGUGUCUUUACAGAGGGUCAAUGGAAGUUUUGUUGUACAUGCUAUUUCCUCUAAAACGAAAAGCUCUAUUUGCUUAACAGUCUUUUCCUCGCAAAAUGCUGACAUCCUGUCGCGGCUUAUGUUACACGCCCUUCAACUUUGGGCAAUUUUGAUACAGCUGAUAUUUUCUUGUAGCGUAAAACCGUAUUGAAAAUAAUCUAAUAUUAACAAGAAACGAUAUGUACAGUCUUAUGUGCGUGUAGAAGUUUUGGAAAUUAUGUUAAAAUUCGAUGGUUCGCAUUCGUCAUAAAUUCAUUUAUCUCUUGUUUAAAACCUGUCCAGUUCCGUUGGAACUAAAUGCUUCUAUACAGCUCGAAUUUAAAACUCACUAAAAUCCUGUCUAUAUACAAUCUGUU